AUGUCUUCUAACUUAACUGAGGAACAAAUUGCUGAGUUUAAGGAAGCUUUUGCUUUGUUUGACAAGGAUAACAAUGGAUCCAUUUCUUCUAGUGAAUUGGCCACUGUUAUGAGAUCCUUAGGGCUUUCUCCAAGUGAAGCUGAAGUCACCGAUCUAAUGAACGAAAUCGAUGUUGAUGGUAACCACCAAAUUGAAUUUAGCGAGUUCUUGGCACUAAUGUCACGCCAACUAAAGUCUAAUGACUCUGAACAAGAACUAUUAGAAGCUUUCAAAGUCUUUGACAAGAAUGGUGACGGUCUAAUCUCUGCUGCUGAAUUGAAGCAUGUGUUGACCUCUAUUGGUGAAAAGCUUACUGACGCUGAAGUGGAUGAAAUGUUGCGUGAAGUCAGUGAUGGCUCUGGUGAAAUUAACAUCCAACAAUUUGCUGCACUAUUAUCUAAAUAA